AUGCAACACUGGAAGAAAUGGGUUCCUUUUGUAGGGGAUCAGGGAAUUGGUGUUUUCCCUUGCUUGAAGUUUCCUUCAAUCAGAAAUUGUCCUCAAUUGGAGGGUAAGGUGCCAGAGAACCUUGAUUCAUUAGAAACACUUGAAAUUAUUAAAUGCAAGGAAUUGGUGAUUUCAAUUUCCAACUAUAAACAAAUUGGUCAAUUACGGAUAGAUGGCUGCAAAGCGGUGGUGAAGACAAGUGGCGUUGAGUUUGAGUUAUUAAAUUCCUUGGAACUUUCAAAUAUUUCAGAGGUGAGGUUCCAAACAGGGGAAUUCACCAAAGGAUUAAGGAAGGUUGCUGAUUUGGAGAUUGGAGGAUGUGAGGAGCUGACAUCUUCACUGAAGAAUGAAGAUGUGAUUUGGCUUACACUGGCUACGCUUUGA